AUGAAUUGCGAGUUGCGCAGAGUUGUAGAGAAAUCUCCGUGUGGUAGGUUUAUUAGAUACAGUGAUAUGUUGGGUGGAGGGGCUUAUAAAGAAGUGUACAUAGGGUAUGAUCGUGUUGAGCAAAUUGAAAUUGCUUGGAACCAAAUCGUAGUAGAUGAGCCAUUAGAAAACCCUGAAAAGUUGUUCGCUGAGGGUAUUUUGUUGAAAUCGUUGAACCAUGAAAGGGUUAUGAAGUGUUUCUGUUAUUGGUUCGAUUCCAAGUCCAAAAUUCUUCACAUGAUUACAGAGUUAUUCCCUUCGGGUAGCUUGAAAAAGUAUCUUGCGAAUUCUAAUGAUAAUGAUAAUGGUGUUGGUGCUGAUUUGGUGAGUAUAAAAAAUUGGGGCAGGCUGAUUCUUGAAGGUUUGAGCUUUCUCCAUUGCCAAAACCCUAAGAUCAUUCAUAGAGAUAUUAAGUGUGACAAUGUGUUUGUUGAUAGUGGUGGGAAGGAAAUUACUCUUGGAGAUUUUGGGUUGGCGAUUCGUGUUAUGGAGGGUAAGUUUGUGAAAGAGAAAGAGACUAAAGGUACCCCGGAAUUCAUGGCUCCAGAGUGUUACGAUGGAGAAUACAACGAGUUGGUUGAUAUAUAUUCAUUCGGAAUGUGUCUUCUUGAGAUGGUUACUGGUGAAUAUCCGUAUAUGGAAUGUAGCAAUGGGAUUCAAAUAUUUAAGAAAGUGUACACUGGUGUAAAGCCUGCGUCUCUCGGAAAGGUGAAGGACUCUAGAUUGAAAGAUAUUAUUGAGAAAUGUAUGCUUCCCAUGUCUGUUAGGCCAUCUGCAGAAGAGUUGCUGAAAGAUCCAUUCUUUUUAUACAAUGAUGGAUCGUCAACAUUGGAGGCUUGUGCUCCUGCUGCUGCUGCUGCUAGUUUUGUAAUUAGUCAUCCUUUGAGGGGAUUUCAUUGUUGUGCUAGGGAUAUUAGGAAUUUAUGUUUGGUGUGA